GUGGCGAUACUCACCGUUUGGUUGUUAUUCAACCCGCAAGUAUCAAUCCAUUGAAGAAGACGACAUUUGCUUGCUGCAGAAAGCCGCGUGCUUGUAGUUCCGGCUUUGUUCGUAGUAAAGAGAGCGACAACAGAAACAGAAGAAACUAAAUUAUAAACAAGAAGGCACCUGAGAAACGUUGCUUGCUAACGAGUAUCGAAACAAUACUACUGAUUUUCCAUCGGUGAGAACUUUCACUACAUCUUCGUGGAGCCCGAGCGCCGCCAUGUUUUUACAGUUUUACCUCACCGAGAGCGGGGAGAGAGUUUACACGCUGAAGAAGUCGGACCCAACCGGUCAGCCCACGAGUUCGGCACACCCGGCCCGGUUCUCCCCGGAUGACAAGUUCUCCCGGCACAGAGUCACCUUGAAGAAGAGGUUCGGGCUUUUGCUGACCCAGCAGCCCAGACCCGUGCUGUAACAUGGACAUUUUACCAUAGACCGAGAGAAUAACAAGCAGCAGCAUCUGUUUUUUGUUUUUUUAAACAAAAUGUCUUUCCUUUUGUCUUUUCCACGUGGAAGUGCUGCAAUUCAUUGUUUUUGAUGAUUUGAAACAAUUAAAAAUGUGAUCGAGUUAUUUUGGAAAACGAGUUUGUUCAUUCGUUUCCCCAUUGUGUUCAGCGCGUAGGUGCUAAACUGGUCCAUCACACAUCCAGUGAAUUUGUGAUGUCUGUAACACAACAAUGUUGAAAACAAUAAAAAUGAUCGAGUUAUUUUGGAAAAUGAGUUUGUUCAUUAGUUUCCCCAUUGUGAUCAGCGCGUAGGUGCUAAACUGGUCCAUCACACAUCCAGUGAAUUUGUGAUGUCUAACACAACAAUGUUGAAAAACAAAAGGCAUUGCUGUCAUUGUUUAUGUUUUGGGGGGAGUAUGGGUGCUCCUACUGUAUAGGAAAUAAAGAGGACACUAAUACUAUAAUUGUGCUCAGAAUAAUGUAAAUUUUUGUGCAGGUGCAAGAAUCUAAUGGAAAUAAAAAUAGGAAAAAGUAGUUUGCACACUGCAAAUCAAAAAGCCUCAGACAGACACUUUCCAAAAGAGCACUGAUGAAACCAUUCAGCUGAAACAUUUGCUAAUCUGUACCUUAGUUUGGGCACUGGUGGAUUAAAUGACUUUUGGAACUAA